AUGCGCGAAUACAAACUUGUUGUUCUCGGUUCUGGUGGCGUUGGCAAGAGUGCUUUGGUAAUUAUAACUUUACGCUCACUCUAAAACUGUUAAGAUUCAGUGAAACGAGAAAUGAUGCUAAAUAUACUGAUUUCCCAACGAUGUCGCGAGAGCGAGAAGGCGACAAUAUUUUCAACUACAUAAAAUGUUCUUUUUGAUUUCUCCUUGUCCCCGAACUAAUCAAUUUUUCGUAUCUUUUCUGGUUAGACUGUCCAAUUUGUCCAGGGAAUUUUCGUCGAGAAGUACGACCCGACCAUCGAAGAUUCAUAUCGGAAGGUAUUUCUUUUUGAGAAUGCUGUAAUUUGCUUUCGCCGGCACGACGUCUAUCCGGUUAACUUGCGUUAUAACACUCGACAUUCCUGCAAAUAUUCAUAAUGCUCUAUCUCUUUUCCCUUCCAGCAAGUUGAGGUUGAUGGGCAGCAAUGUAUGCUAGAGAUAUUGGACACAGCAGGAACGGUAAAGAUCCCCCUUAUUUUGCGAAGAAUCGAGGAGGAAAAGUCUUCGCUUGGUUAACUUUAUAACACACACAAAAAUUUUCCUAUGUUUAUUCAUAUUUGUUGUCAAAUGAACAGUUCACACUUCAAACUUGAGAGUUUGAGUAUUUUAUUUUAUCAUUUUCACCAAGUUAGAGCGAUCAGAUAACUCUGUAUGAAAGCAAUUAUUUUGUUUUUUUUCCUGAUAAUCAUGCAAGGCAUAUAUUGCUUUUUCAUUGGUAGGGAAAUGGAAAGAUUUUCAUACUGAAUUGUUACAUCUCGGCUUGGAAAAAUCUUGGUGUUUGACUACUGAAUUGAACAAUAUAUGUCAUUUUAGACUACUCAACCCUUUUUUCUAAGUGAUAAUAAAAAAAUUAUCUUGUAGUUUAGGAAGCAUCUCCAUGUAAUUAGUUUUCUUACGGCAAAGGGUAUCUAUCUGUGAAACCAAUUAUUGGAUUUGAAAAUACUUUUGUUUAUUGCAUUUAUUAUUCAUGAUGUUUGACCUAAUUAGCUGAUAAUGUAAUGUUUGAUUUCUUUUUAUACCCACUUUAAAAACUAACGUCAUAAGUGGAAAAACACAUUAAAAAUAAUUUGGAAUUAUCAGGACCUAUCCCCUGCUUAUAUUAUGUGGAAAAAAAUUCCUCUCCUAAAAAACAUGUUUGUGGCAAGAAAACCAUGUUUGUUCCUCAGAAACUGUAGAAAAUUGAGGUGAUUUUGAAAUCUGAAUUCUGCAGGCUGUGUAUCAUUUAAAGGAUCAAAUUACUGUGACACCAGGAAGCAAAUUUACUUGCAUUUUCAGAUUUUACUUUAGUUUCAUAAUUGCCAGCUACCCACCCCUGCAAAGUUCUGUUUUUUCUGUCUGUGUUUGUGCUUGUGUGGUAGCAAUGGACAACCAGACACCACUGACUUAUUUUUUUGCCAGAAUUCAGAUGUAGAUUUUCUUGAUUAGCUCAUUUUGCUAAUAAUUCAAGAGAAGAUCAUCCCAGUUAAAUACACCACUUAUUCAGUUGCGUAAAGAAAGCUUGAAAAAAAUUCUGACUCGCCGGGAUUUGAACCCUGACCUUUGCGAUACCAGUGCAGCGCUCUAACGAAUUGAGUGAGCAGACCAACUGGAGCUGGUUUGUAAUAUACCUAGGAAUGAAGUAGGUGAAAUGAUGAAUAUGUGAAUUUCCUGUAUUUGAACUGCGGGAUGAAGAAAUAAUUUCAGAGAAGAUCAUGGCAAUUAAAUAUGCAACUUAUGCAGUCGUGAAAAGAAACCCUGAAAAAAUCAAUUGCUAAUGCAGGUAUGUUACUCUUUAUACAGGAACAAUUUACAGCAAUGAGAGAUUUAUACAUGAAGAAUGGUCAAGGUUUUGUACUUGUGUACUCCAUCACAGCGCAAUCGACGUUCAAUGACCUCCAGGACUUAAGAGAACAGAUUUUACGAGUCAAGGACACAAGUGAUGUAAGUGAUCAACAAGUCAACAACUUCCCUCCACUACUUCUACUGGACAUUUAUAGGGGCACAGGGCUCGAACUUAAAAAAAUCCUCAGUUUACCUUUUGGCUACCAACUGGAGAAGUAUAGUCGUCAGAUGCAAAUUUUCAGUCGCCAGUUUGUAUAAUGUAAACGACACAGCUCACAGUAUGGCGUGAUCUGUCAGAUUUGAUUAUUUGAAAAUGUUGCAAACGGAAGUCAAUAUAAAUUUGGUGGUAAACUGGCUUUGUUUAUGUGAUUUGGCACAUUUUUUAUGACAAAAGUAUAACAAGAUAAGAUGAAAUCUUUGUUUUAACUUUACUCUUUUAAUUUCAAUCUAAAUCAUAGAGAAAUCUGGUCGCCAAAGUGGUGACUAAAACAGAAUUCUUAGUCGCCUAGGAGAAAAUGUUAUUUGCAUUGGUGACUAAUUGCAAAAUAUUUCUUGCAAAAGUGAGUUUUCUUUGCUUGAGAAUAAGAAAUAAUUUUUGUAUCAAUGACUUUGCACUUAGUCUUGCUUUGAAAUCAUGGGUUGAGGCAACUUGAAAAUGGUCUUUUUGAUAUUCUCAUUGAAGGGUCUGAUUUGACCAUGGGGGGUGGUGGCUCCUCCUCCUCCUAUUCUUGGUGGGGUUGUGCCGCCCGGUUCUCCAAAUCCUGACCCUAUUUCAGACCAAAGAAUGUCAUUUUCCAAACCCAUUUUCUGACCUGGCAUCUAAAAUCCAUACUCAUUUGUAGACCUGGGCUCUAAGAAAUUAUGUCAUCAUUACUUAGAUUAGAACUUAAACAAAAAGAUUUCUUAAAUGCGUUUUGAAUUUGCGUAUAUCUCUUUCUUUCUCAUUCAUUUGGAAUUGAAACAUACACUCCUGUUGUUCCCUUGAAAACCAUACCCAAUUCCAGAACAAAAUAGGCACAAUUUAUACCCGUUUUCAGAUGGAAGAGACGAAAACCCUACCCUUUGGGGCGGCACAUAUCCAUAUGACUUAUGUAUAAGAAAGUACCCCAGGGAUUUGACUUUAUUAUGAUAUUUCUAUUUAGGUGCCAAUGGUCCUUGUUGGAAACAAAUGUGAUUUGGAAGAUGAAAGAGUUGUUGGAAAAGACCAAGGACAGAAUUUAGCGAAAACUUUUAAUAACUGGUAAGCUAGUUGUUAUGUGGCAGUGCCUUGCAUGGGUUGAGUGUCCCAUUCUUGCCUUUCUAUUUUGGGCAUCCAUUUUCCUGUGUUAAAUAUUUUAUUAUGUAUAUAAGUUUGCUAUUCAUAUUGUGUGUUUAACGUAUUUCCCAAUUAAGUACAUUGGUGGUCAAAACUUAGAUGGAUAUAGAUGGUUUAGUUCAAUUCCAUCCUUGGUUUAAAUGUUAUUUUCAUUUGUUUUGGGGUAUGGUAAUAUAUGAUAAUGGGUUUGGAACAAGGAAAUAAAAUUUAAACCCUUUGAUAAAAUUGAAUCACAACAUAGACCCUACUAGUGUAGUCUCCCUUUAAGGGUAAGCGAGUCUAUUUCCCUCUUUGUUGGAGACCCAUAUCACCUAUUGUUAUUGUACUUGCCUUGUGACAAACAGGCAUCGCUACCACUUGCUUUCAGUGGCAAAGCAGGUCCAUUGGUAAUAUUUUAGUUUAUUAUAUUUUUCAGUGCCUUUCUGGAAACAUCAGCGAAAUCAAAGAUCAACGUCAAUGAAAUCUUUUACGAUCUGGUCAGACAAAUAAACAGAAAGACACCAGAAGCGAAGAAGAAGAAAAGUAAAAAAGGCUGUGUUCUUCUGUAA